UCUAACAGGGUUAACGUGUGCCCAUGUGCCAGUGAAUACAGCCGCAACUUAGUGGGAGGGAUAGCAUGCUUUAUGUUCAUAACAAAAGGAAAGAUUAAAAUCCAAAACAGAAGCCAACUCUCCUGUCAGCAAACAGAAGCAGGAGUGACAACAACCAGUCCGCAGCAUAUAAAUAUAGAUCAUCUACUGUGUAGGAGUUCACCUCAUAAGCUGUCAUGGCUCCCAGCUUGGACCAAGCAUUCAGGAGGAGGUGGUGGAUGGCAAUUACAGCCAUUAUAGAGAACCUUCUCUUCUCUGCUGUUCUUCUGGGCUGGGGCUCACUGCUCAUCAUGCUGAAGAAUGAAGGCUUUUAUUCCCACCUUUGCAUUGAAAACGUGACUGACGACUCAAACGUGACCUCUGUGGAGGGGGGAGACUGGCGGAGUUGUGUGGAGCAGGAAGAGGUACUCAACCUCGGCUUCACCAUUGGCUCGUUCCUCUUGAGUGCAGCCACUUUACCCCUGGGGAUCUUGAUGGACAGAUAUGGACCUCGCCCACUGAGGCUCAUUGGCAGUUCAUGUUUUGCAGCCUCAUGUGCAAUGAUAGCUGCCGCUGCACAUGAUCCCAGAGUGCUGUCUAGCCUCAUAUUCCUUGCUGUCUCCUUCAACGGCUUUGGAGGAAUUUGUCUGACCUUCACUUCACUCACACUGCCUAACAUGUUCGGGAAUGUACGAUCAACUAUCCUCUCCCUGAUGAUCGGCUCUUACGCUUCUUCAGCCGUCACCUUUCCUGGUGUCAAGUUGAUUUAUGACCUUGGUGUGUCCUUCCGCAUCAUCAUGUGGGUUUGGUCUGGUAUGGCCUGCACAGUCUUCAUCAACUGCUUCCUCAACUGGCCGGCUGAAUCCUUCCCUCCUCCUGAUGACAUCAGAUACACCAACACAAAGGUGAAGCUGAGUGGGCUCGUGAUGGAGGACAAGAGGACAGGUGACAGGUACGUUGCCCGGCUGUCUGUCAUGGAAGAAAUGAUGGGACCUAAGCAGACAGAACCUGAGCAGACAGACUCUCAAAGCACAACUAAGGGCUCGGUGCCAUUCCUUCAUUCUGUGUGCUCUCCCAUCUUCCUGUGGAGUAUCAUCACCAUGGCAAUGACCCAGUUGAGACUGAUCUUCUUCAUGGGUGCCAUGAACAAGAUGCUGGAGUUCAUGGUCACCCAGGGCGACCCCAACCCCUCAGAAGAGCUGCAGAAGGUGGUGGAGGAACAAGUUGGAUUCUACUCAUCUAUCUUCGGUACGAUGCAGUUACUGUGUCUCCUGACUUGUCCUUUGAUUGGUUACAUCAUGGACUGGAGGCUGAAAGAGUGUGAAGAGGAAAAUGCCAACACACAAACAGAGAAGAGCCAAUCGGAUCCCCCAACGAGAGACCGAAAGACACAGAAAGUGACCAAUGCGAUGAGAGCUUUUAUAUUUACCAACCUCCUAUUGGUAACCUUUGGAAUCAUUUCCUUGAUUGACAACCUGCCUUUACAGUUGGUGUCGUUUGUUCUGCAUACCAUAGUGAGAGGUUUUAUCCACUCCUGCUGUGGAGGACUCUAUGCAGCUGUGUAUCCAGCCAACCACUUUGGAACACUGACGGGCAUGCAGUCAAUGGUCAGUGCUUUUUUCGCCUUGCUUCAGCAGCCCCUGUUCAUACUGAUGGUGGGACACCUAGGUGGAGAUCCUUACUGGAUCAAUUUGGCCCUUCUCAUCUUUUCACUGGCUGGUUUCCUGUUGCCAGGCUAUCUGUUCUAUCACCGUAGAAACCUGGUCAGGACAAAGGCGUGAUAGGUUGGCUGCCAGCCAAUCAAACAAAGUUAGCACUCCUCUAACCCAAUCAGACAGUGCGACUGCUAAACGUCAAACCAAAGGGCAUGUGGCAAAGAUGAUUCACAAGAGUGACAUGAUUGAUUCAUAUUUCAUUGUU